GCAUGCCACUCAGCACCAAGAAAGGGCUUUAGCUUCACAGGCGUGGUCAGUUCAGAUUUCGGAACACAUUGCAACACAACAGUUUUUAACGCUGCUCGUUUUAUUAGCUGGUGCAACAUUACGUCAUUCCCAUGCGCCUCUAACUGCAGACAACUGAGGGCAGAGCAUGGGACAUCUUGGUAGAAUAGUCCUUCUUGCUCAGUUGCUAACCUUACAUCAUAUUUGGGGGGAGCGGACCUGCCCAGGGUUUCUGUGUAAAGAUGGAGGCUGCAUUGUCCAGAGUGCUCUCUGUGAUGGCACCACAGACUGCCGUGAUGGCUCUGACGAGUUAGAAGACCUCUGUGGUGUUCUCCAAUGUAAGAAGGAUGAGUUUGCCUGCGGCAGUAGGCGAUGUGUAUCCCUCCGCUUCCGCUGUGAUGGCACUGAUGACUGUGGCAACGGCAGUGACGAAGCCUCCUGUCAGAACUGUACAGCCGACUCCUUCCUCUGUGAGCGGACAGGGAGAUGUGUUGCCAGGGUCAAGCUGUGUGACGGACGGCCCGACUGCCCUGAUGGGCAGGACGAGGGCGCUGACGCAUGUCCCUCCGGCCAGCCCUCUGCCCCUCACACCUGCUCCAACUCUGAGUUCAGUUGUGGGGACGGCCAGUGUAUGCCUCACUCCUGGAGAUGUGACCACUCGCCUGACUGUGCUGACGCGAGUGAUGAGGAUGACUGUGAUCAGAAUGAGUGUCUGGUGAACAAUGGUGGUUGUUCUCACCUGUGUGUGGACCAGCCAAUGGGCUUCCUCUGUGACUGCCCUGCUGGCAUGAGGCUGGUGCACGACUCCCAGUGUGAGGAAAUUGACACGUGCCUCGACACUGACGUCUGCAAUCAGCUAUGUGUACAUGUCAACGGGACUUUCUCCUGCGACUGCCAUGAGGGCUACCUGAUGAGCCCAAGGACAGGGGAGUGUAAAGCUAAAGGAGACGUGGCUCAGCUAGUGUUGAGCAGUUCUGAGGGGGUGCGCCGGGUCAACACUGCCGGUAUGGAGUACAGGGAGAUGGCUGCUCACUUACUGGGACCAGGGCCUAUGGCUGCCCUGACUGCAAACCGCACUGUCUACUGGGCAAGGCCAGGACAAGGCUCCAUCUACAGGAUCUCCAUGGAUGGGAAGCCCCUGGAGCCUGUCCUGCUGUUGAAAGGCCAUGGUGCUGUCCUGGGUCUGGCUGUGGACUGGAUCCAUGAGCUUCUCUACUGGACCAACGCUGAUACUCACUCCAUCGAUGUGGCCCGUCUGGACGUCUCUGCACAACGCCUCCUGAUAGGAGGGCUGGCCAUGCCCACUGGAGUGGCUGUGGAACCCUUGUUGGGGCUCUUGUUCUGGGCAGAAGGUGGCAGCUCCCCCAGGAUCGAGCGUGCUGGCCUGGAUGGAGAAGGCAGGCUGCCACUAAUCACCUCAGCCAUAUGGAAUCCAGUCGCCAUCUCUCUGGACAUGCCUCGACGACUCCUGUACUGGGUUGACUCAAGGAUGCGCACCAUCUCGAGGGUUGGGUUCGACGGGGAGCAUCGCAAGACCGUGGUGGAGUCCAAUGGAUACCUGGACAGGCCCUUCGGAUUGGCAGUGUUUGAGGGACAUGUAUACUGGAGUGAACAGGUCACCCACUCCAUCUGUAGUGCUGACAAGCACAAUGGCAGCCUCUUUAGAGUCAUCCUGCCCAAUAUCGCAGACCCAGGCGGCUUGGUUCUCGUUCACCCAGUUCUUCAACCAAAAGGCCCUGCUAUGUGUGGAAAUAGUGGCAGAGUUUGUCUAUAUGAGUGUGUGCCAGACCUUUUCUCUGGAACAAGCUCUCCCAGCUUCACCUGCAUUCCUCCAAAAGGGGGUAGUGAUGUUGAUGAUGAUGAUACAGUCGUUUCUCACACUCUUCCAGCCCCAGCGCUGUCUGAUGCAACCUAUGCUGGAAUCCUUUCGCUCAUAGUGGUCCUGAGUGUGCUAUUGGCAGGGGUGGUGUUGUGGUGGUGGAGGGAGGAGUUCAGGCCUUCCAGGACACUCACCCUCCAAGACUUCUCCCUGAAGGAGUCCCAGGACCCCCUCAUCCAGGCACCAGCCAGGGGCCCUGAGGUUUGUCCUGUCAAGGACACUCUGCUUAAGCUGGACUUGGACCAGGACUGAGUGUCUUAAGUCACUUGUGUAAGAGAGACAGAUGUCCAGCUGUGCUCCCAUCCCACCCCUCCCGGUGCCAGCAGAGCCUGGAGUGUCAUCAGAUUAUCUGGCAAAAGGGAGUGCGAAGAAGAGAGGAGGCGUCUUACAGCACUUCCCCAUGAUGACCAGUGGUCCUCCCAGGGCCUAAUUCAACCUCAAUGUUGAUUUCAUUUGAGUUGUGGCCCAUUUAAAGCCUGGAUCAAGUCCACUUCAGUUUCAGUGAAGGCUAAAAAUGCACUUAAACAAUUGACUUGAAAAUUACUUGAACAACUUGAACAAGAAUUUCUGUGAGGAUUUUUCCAAGUCAUUGUGUUUUCUAACUUGACUGGAGUUUAAUUGGAAUUGACCCCAGCCUUGGGGGUCCUGAAGCAUAUCAGUGAUUAGCUACAGAUGGACACCUCAGCCUAUGUCCAGCCUAUUUGAGAUACUGUACCCCUCAGCAUACACUUGAAUUGUGACAUGAUCUGAAUGUCUUUUUGCAAUCGGUUGACUACUCUUAAUGUUCAAACUAAUCCCCAUAUUUCGUUGGGGCAUGGACCCUACAAGGUAUCGAAAGCGUUCCACAGGGAUGCUGGCCCAUGUUGACGCCAAUGCC